AUGCUACCCCGCUCACUGCCAGUGCACCCCCCUCCUUCCCCCCCCCACCUCUCCCGCUACAUCCUUCCCUUCCCUCUCCUCUCCCACACCUUCUCCUUCCUCUCCUCCUCCCUCCUCUCCCUCAACCUCCUCUCCUCGCCCCUCCUCUCCUCCACACUCCACUCCCAAACCCUCCUCCCCUCCAGCCUUUGCUGCUCCCUCCUCUGCUGCUCCCUCCUCUACUGCUCCCUCCUCUGCUGCUCCCUCCUCUGCUGCUCCCUGCUCUGCUGCUCCCUGCUCUGCUGCUCCCUCCUCUGCUGCUCCCUCCUCGUGCCGUCUGCUCAUGCCAAUGGGCUCCUCUCUCCUCUCUCUCUCUUCCCCCCCCUCUCCUCUUCUCUCUUCCUCCCGCUCUCCUCUUCUCUCUUCCUCCUCCUCUCCCCCUCUUCUCUCUUCCUCCUCCUCUCCCCCUCUUCUCUCUUCCUCAUGCUCCCCUCUUCUCUCGUCCUCCAACUUUCCUCCGCCACUCAUUUCCCCAUCAACCCGCUCUCUCCUUUGAGAAUUCUCAAAACCCAUCCGCUCUCCGCUCUCCCCCUCUCCAUUUUCCCUUUCACCGCUCUCCCUUUCGCUGCUCUCCCUUGCACUGCCCUCUUCCCGGCUGCUCUCCUCUGCCUCUGCCAGCCUCACUGCUUCACUUGCAUAGCAUCUGCCCAUCUCACCCAUGCUAUGCGCGCUGCCCUCUCCACCUCCACUCCCUCUUCCAUCCCCUCCCUUCUCCCUCGCUCUGUCCUCAUCAUUCUCCAUCCUUCCCUCCUCUCUCACACCUCUUUCAUCCCCCUCAUCUCGCUCACCUCUUUCAUUUCCCCCCUCGUUCUCAAGCCCAUCACCUCUCACAUCGUCCUCGAAUCUUCUCUCACCUCCACCCUCUUCCCUCAUACCAUCAUCCGUCCCCUCGCCACUCCUCACCCCCUCCCCAGUCCUCCCAUGCUCCACACCUUGCUGCUUCCACACUCGUCACAGGCACACUCGUUACAGGCACACUCGUCACAGGCACACUUAUCUCCCACGCCCUCCCGUACUCAACCUCCCCAUCUCCCUCCUCCCCAUCUCCCUCCUCCCCAUCUCCCUCCUCCCCAUCUCCCUCCUCCCCAUCUCCCUCCUCCCCAUCUCCCUCCUCCCCAUCUCCCUCCUCCCCAUCUCCCUCCUCCCCAUCUCCCUCCUCCCCAUCUCCCUCCUCCCCAUCUCCCUCCUCCCCAUCUCCCUCCUCCCCAUCUCCCUCCUCCCCAUCUCCCUCCUCCCCAUCUCCCUCCUCCCCAUCUCCCUCCUCCCCAUCUCCCUCCUCCCCAUCUCCCUCCUCCCCAUCUCCCUUCUCCCCAUCUCCCUCCAUGCCCUUCUCUCCCCCAAGCACAUCCUCCACUGCAGCAAAGCUCUUCGCCUUGCCACCAGCUCCAAGUGACUUUUGACCGUUUCAUCUGCUUCAAAGCUGAUUUCCUCCUCUACCGUCUUGCUGCGCGUGUGCCCUCUCCCAACACGCCUCAUAGCCGCAAGACCCUUCCCUCCCAGCCCCAUUCCAGGCAGCUUCCUAUCCGCAAGGAUGCUUAA